AGUAAGGCUGUUGUGUGAGAUUGAUCUGGUCACAAUGAUUUGUGGUCUGUUAUUCGCUUUAUUGUUCACAAAAAUCAACGCUGCAAAUUUAACCACUGGCUGUCGAUUCCUCGAUGUUACCGAAGAAUAUGUGGAAAUAAAUUGCCGAAGCGAUUACAUUGCGCCCGACUGCUCUUUAUCGUCCGAAAAUGUGAGACAUGUUAAAGUCAGCGAAUGUGCUAUUGGUGAAUUAUUUGAAGCGAUCAAUUCGUAUCGGAAUUUAAGUGGAAUCGAUAUAUCUUGGUCACAAAUGUCAGAUCAAGAAUUAAGAUCCAUUUCUUGGGACUAUCCAAAUUUGACAAAGUUAAAUUUGUCGCAUAACGACAUUUCCAUGCUACCAAACACAAAAUACACCGACCAAGGAAUCUCCACCAAACUCAUAUACCACGACUAUUUUCGAAUCUAUUCCGAAUUAUUAUCGUCGAAAGUCGAUCCAUCGCAAAUAGGAAAACUCUGGCAACUCACCGACAUGGAAAUAUUGGAUUUGAGUUUCAAUCGGAUCAAGUGGAUUGAUGACGACAGUUUCAAACAUUUUGGCAAAUUGAAAGAGCUGCAUCUGGUCGGCAAUCCAAUCGAGCACUUGGGAUGCAACAUCUUUCUGCCGAUCAUGAAUCAUGCUGUAGUGCACAUCUCCUGGGAUAGUGUUAGGUCAAUUGAGACGAGCUGCUUGAAAGAGACACUUCAAAUUGAGACGAACAGCGAAAAUAAAAUCGAUUUACGGAUGAAAGUCAGCAAUGGCAGUGAAGACAUUCUUAGGAGAAAUUUAAUCAAUUACGCGGACGGGAGAAUCUAUGAAAAUAUUUCGGAUGUACUUCAAUGGCGUGGAUCAAAUUUCCGGGGGUUCCUUUUCUCAUCAAAUAUUCUGACUAAUCUCAAUGAGGAAAUGCUUCGGGAUUACACGGGAUUUACGUAUCUACGACUGAGAAACAUGGGUUUGUCGGAAAUUGACUCUGACGUGUUGGACAAUCAAAUGUUUCUAUAUUAUUUAGACCUGUCGUAUAACCAAUUUGAUGAUGAAAAUCUCAAACAGUUUUUAAUGUCGUCAACUGUAACUAAAUUGAUUUAUUUGGAGAUGUUAAAUGUUGCCGGCAAUCAACUGAAUAAUGUUGACGAAAUCAUUCGAAUUAUGCCAUCACGGCUGACGUUGCUCGAUGUAUCAUCGAAUUAUUUGGGAAAGAUGAACAGACGCUCAUUCGAGCGGUACAGAAAAUUAGAAUAUUUAAUUUUGAGUAACACGAAUUUGUCAGACAUCGAACCGAACAUAUUCAGAUAUAUGAACUAUCUGAUUGCUCUAGAUAUGUCUAACAAUCAGUUAGAAAAUGUGGACUUUGUUUCGUUCUUGAAAGACGUAAAAACAUUGCAGUAUUUCAAUAUCGCGGCAAAUCAAUUGAAAAAUAUUCCGGAAAUAAUUGAACUUUUACCACCGACGCUUUUGAUGUUAGAUUUGUCUUCAAAUUUCGUGAAUACCUUAAACGGCAACUCGUUUGAAAGGUUCAAAAAUUUGGCUUACCUAAAUAUGAGCCGCUCAAACUUGACAGAUAUCAAAUUCAACCCAAUCCCAUCCAAUACUGCGAUCAAAUUGAGAAUUCUCGACGUUUCGCACAAUCACCUGAGCAACAUCGAUUUCUCGUCAUUCUCCAGCAUGUUUAAAUCGGUGCACCUUUUGCGUCUGGACAACAACGAACUCACUGAGAUCGAUAGUCUUCAUCCGUCCGAUUUUCCGGAGCUUUUUUAUUUGAGCUUAGCAAACAAUCGAUUCCCUUGUGGCUACUUGGACACAUUCUUAACCAAAUGGACCAAAUUGAAGAUCAUCGACAUGCCAUCGGAUCAGUACGAUAACAAGUGUCAGAUUUGAAAAUGCUUCCAUUGAAGUGGAAUGCCACCAUUUUGCACCUCUUUUCCGAAUAAAAAGAUAUUUGAAAGCUAACAGUGUGUGGUUUCAAGAAUUAUUUGUUCGAUAACGA